CCCCCCCCCCCCGCCACUGCCAAUGGCUUCCCUCGAUUAUUGUUGGAAGUUUCUAAUCACUCAUUUCAGUGACUUUCAACUUGCUACAUUUGGUUCCUUCAUCAUUCAUGAAAGUGUGUUCUUCCUUUCUGGACUUCCAUCUAUAUGUUUUGAGAGGACAGGACUUUUCAGCAAAUACAAAAUUCAGGGAAAGAAGAACACGCCUGAUGCUCAGGAGAAAUGCAUCUUGCGUCUUGUCAUGUAUCAUUUAUGUGUGAAUUUACCUGUUAUGAUAUUUUCCUACCCUGUUUUUAGAUGGAUGGGCCUGAAAACUUCACUUCCACUUCCAAACUGGUAUGUGAUCUUAUCACAAAUUAUAUUCUAUUUCAUCCUGGAGGAUUUUGUGUUUUAUUGGGGGCAUAGGAUACUGCACACGAAAUGGCUGUAUAAGCAUGUCCACAGUGUGCAUCAUGAAUAUGCUACACUGACAUCUGAGUAUGCCCACCCUGCUGAAAUUUUGUUCUUGGGUUUUGCCACCAUAGUUGGUCCUGCUCUGACUGGUCCACAUCUAUUUACUCUUUGGUUAUGGAUGAUAUUGAGAGUGUUGGAGACUGUUGAGGCUCAUUGCGGCUACCAUUUCCCAUGGAGCCUUUCAAACUUUCUUCCUCUGUAUGGAGGUGCUGAAUUUCAUGAUUUCCACCAUCGUGUCCUCUAUACAAAAUCAGGAAACUACUCUUCGACUUUCACUUACAUGGACAGGAUAUUCGGCACUGAUGGCGAUUAUCGGAAGCAGAAGGCUCUGCAGAACCAAGUCGCAAAAACUUUAUGAGAGAAAGAGGGAAGGCCCAAUUUCUUCAACCAUCAUGUCAUCAUUCUACGAGGAAUCUAUGUGCUACCAGUUCCUUUUUUUUCUCAUAUUGGUUAUUGUUAUUAUUAUUAUUAUUAUUGUUGACUGUCAUCAGCUUAUUGUUGGUGUGGAGUUGACUGGAGCUAUCUCCCUGUUGGCAUGGUGAAUUCCUGUGUCAAUAAUUUUAUGUGGGCGUCGUCUGUAUUGUGAAACUUUCUAUUUGAAUU